GCCCCGCUACCUGCAGAUUCUCCGCGAGUUCCUGGGCUGUGACUCUGACUAUGACGAGGAGCAGCAUGUCAAGUACGAUGCCAGCUCCCUUGAAGCUGAUGUCGCCACGCAGAGAUCCUUCAAGCCCGAGUGGUGGGAGGAGAGUUCCCGUCUGGAGCCAGAGGCAUCUGCCACAACACAGCCGGAGGCCGAAGCUGCACAAUCCAAGGAGGAGGUGUGGGGCAUCGACUUCUUCUCAAAGGAGAUCCGUGAGCCCUCGGCUCUUCACAAUGUACGCAGUACCUCUUGGCACAGUCCUGGACAUGGUGGAGAUGAAGACCUUUGAGGAGCUUUCGAGAGAACACGGCAUCGUGGAGUUCGACGAAAAGCACGGCGCUUGCAUGUUCAUCUCGCAUCAAUGGGCCAGCGUGGACCAUCCGGACCCCGAGCUUCACCAGCUGAGAGUUCUACAGGAGGCCAUGAAGAACAUUCUUCGAGGCUCAUCGGCGCAAAUCUCGCCCAACAUCGUCAUUGAGCUCUGCGGGCUGGCAACGGCCGUGAGUUCGUCCCGGCUGACCGAGCGCCCGCUUUUCGUUUGGUACGACUACUUCUGCUGUCCGCAGAACUCAGCAUCAGCUGAAGACCGGAAGAUGGCAAUACGCAGCAUUCCCUCUUACGUGGAGCUAUGCCAGCACUUCGUAAUUCUUUGUCCCCCCGUCCGACAUGCUGAGCACCAAAGCCUGCUCAGCAAAACAACAUGGGCUACGCGUGGAUGGUGCCGCCUUGAGCUUGUUGUCAGGCACCUCAGCGCUCGGUCCAGCCUGGCGAUUGAGGUGACGAGCGCCAGUCGACUUACAUUGGCGUCAAUGUUCGACUGGGUUCUGGAGCCCGUGGGAGAGGGCUUGUUCACUGUCGAGGAAGACGUGAAGCAUGUUCGCCCUGUGCUGCAUGGAUUGGUCAAGGAGAAGUUGCUCGCAUAUCUUCGCACUGGCAAGCUUCACUACUACCGUGCCCUGUGGAACUUGCAGACAGUUGUUUUCCGCAACCUCGAAGUCGAAUCUGUGUUGGAUCUCAUUCCGGGUAUGGAGUCCAAUGUUUUGGAUCCAGCCCACUAUUCGACGGAAGAGUUCAUGUACCAGAACGGAUUCCGACGAAUCGACGAGCGGGAUGCUUCCGGAUGGACACCAUUGUGCUACGCUGCUUUAGGUGGCAGCCCCUUACAAGUGUCCGCGCUUUUAGAGGCCAGGGCGGACGCGAACGACACGAUCAAGAUCAAAGGACCCCAAUUUAUGAACUUUGGCAACAAUGCCACAGCACUCUCCAUCUGCGUCUUCUUGAAGCACAACGAGGCAGCAAAGGUUCUGCUGUCCUACCGUGCCGAUCCUGAGACCAGGGACAGCUAUGGCGGCACUGCCAUGCACCGGGCAGCCUCCGGCCGGAACCAAGAAGGAAUUCACCUCUUGCGCGAGCAUGGUGCCAAUGUACAAGUCGCGACUGUCACUGGCCAUCUUCCGUUCCUGUUUACGACUGGCGGUGGUUCUCGGGGCAUCUCUGUCUUGAAG